AUGGCAGGCAGGAAUUUGAAGAUGAGCUUUGUGAUGGUGAUGCUAAUAUUGGGAAUGUUUGUUGGGAAGAGUAUUGCAAAAGAUGAUGACAAUUUGGACAUUGAGUGUUGGGAUGAAUGCGUGUCAGAUUGUCAAUACAAAGGAGAUGCUGAUCCAAAUCUAUGUCCUUAUAUUUGUCGCUAUAAAUGUGAAAAGGGUCUGGCUUCUCUCGGUAAGGUUACCUCUGCAUACGCCUACUGCAAAGUUGGUUGUGCAGUUUUCAAUUGUAUCAACAAAAGCAGCGCUCAAGCUCUUCGUGGACAGGAAGCGAUUGAUUGUUACAAAUUCCAUUGCGGUAAAGAAUGCACCAAGUAUUAA